AUGCAACAGUCCUUUAUGCACAUGGUCAACGGCGUCAUGCAUUUCUUCGGCCGGUUAUCUUUCCUGGUCGACGAGAACACCCACGCGGUGCACUUUUUCAUAUCGGCAUUGCUACAGCUAUUGGACCGUGCGGGUUCUUUGUACGCUGAGAUUGCGCGCUUCGUGCUGCGGCUGCUCUUCCGCAAGCGGGCCUCAAUGCUGGCGGCCAAGAAGGCAGCUGUAACCACUGGCUCUACGGGAGGAGGCCCGGCAGGAGCUGGGUCACAUCGCGUCCCGGUGCCUGGCGGUGGGGAGCCCUUCAGCGGCGCAGCUGCCGCGUAUGGUGCCCCUGUGCAGCAAGCGCCUGCGACAUUUGGUACUGUGGGUGCAUUCCUGGGUGGUUCCCAGGCUUUCGGGUUGGGGACCGGAGUCCCUAUGGGAGCUGCUGGAAUGCCUGGAGCGGGGGCCCCGCAAUGGGACUCGUUGUGGAGUCGGUAG